AUGGCAUCAUCUCCAAAUCCUACUGAUCAGAACUUCAUUGUAGUGGAUUUCCACUACAAUGUGCGUUUGGGUGCUCACAAGCUCACCAAAUCGAGAAGCAAAGACAUCUAUUUCUGCCUUCCACAAGAGUCUUUAGGUCUUGGAAUUCAUACACUGGCUGAGGAAAGUGAAAGUGAAAAUGAAGACAUAGAUGAAUAUGAGGAUUCAGUUAUUCAAGAUUCAUAUUCUGUUGAUCAUAAAGAAAAUGAUGCUACCUAUCCAUUUCCAGCAAACAAAACUGCACAUGAUAGAUUUUUAAACGUCCUUUGUGAACCUACAGAGAGUGAAGAUCAAGAUGAUGAAUACGUGCCACCCCAGUACCCUGUGUAUGAUGAGAGACAGCCAUGGGAUCAGAUGAAACCAAUGAUAGUACCAAGUUCAUCCAGGGGCAGUGGAGCAGACCCAAGUUUAUCCAGGGGAAAUGAAGGACCACCACCUACAGCCCAACCACCUCCUCCACCACCACCUGCAGCCCAACCACCUCCACCACCACCACCUGCAGCCCAACAACCUCCUCCACCACCACCUGUAGUCCAACCACCUCCACCACCACCUGCAGCCCAACCACCUCCACCACCACCACCUGCAGCCCAACAACCUCCUCCACCACCUCCACCACCACCACCUGCAGCCCAACCACCUCCACCACCACCACCUGCAGCCCAACCACCUCCUACACCACCACGUGCAGUCCCCAUGCCAAGAAGAAGGGUCCCAGUUGGUAGAAGUGGAAGGAGUCAAUAUUCUGAACGGAUCAUCAAACAAGCAUUAAGGAGGCAGAUACCUGGGGUUGGGAGCAAUGCAGAUAACCCUUCAGUUAUUGAUUAA